AUGACCGACGCACAAGCCAUAAUCAACUAUGCGCGAGCCCAGUUCAACGAGAUUGCCGAGGGCGUCGAGAGACACUUUGACGUUGUAGCAGAUUCUCUCCGCGAUCGCUUCCACACCCUCCCGCCACUGGUUCAUGCCCGUCCGCCGCCACCACCGCCUACCACCGCGCAAACGAUCGAACGAUGGGUUCUCAAAAACAAGGCAAUCACAGCCGCGGGCGCCGCCUUCUUGGUCACGGGUUCCGUGGGCCUAUAUAUCCACUACGCGAACCGAAGGAAUUCAAGACGGAAGCGGCGGGCACAUAGGACGGUCAGUGGGGCAAGAACGGAUGUGGUGAUUGUGGCAGGCGCAGUAGCGAAUCCCAUGACGAGUUCCGUAUGUUUGGAUCUGGAGCGGCGGGGACAUAUCGUGUAUGUGGUCUGCCAUACCUUGCAGGAUGAGCACUACGUUCGAUCACAUUCCCGUGCGGAUCUGAUCCCUCUCUCCUUGGAUUUGGUCGAUCCAUAUACGGCGGAAACCCAACUGGCGAAGCUGCACAAUCUCCUCAGCAGGGWUCACUUUGUCUUUGAUGGAGCUCGACCUCAUAAAUUGAUCUUGAAGGGUCUGGUACUGGUUCCCGACACACAAUCAGCCCCGGUAGAGAUCGCGGAGAUCAGCUCGGAGGAGUGGAGUCAUGUGCUCAAUGCCAAAGUGUUGAAUUGCAUUGCUACCACACAGCUCCUCCUCCCUGCCGUCACAAAACAUCACGCCAAUGUUCUUCUAUUGACUCCAUCAGUGGCUCCCGUUUUACGACUCCCUCACCAUGCCAUCGAAAGCACGGUAUACGGCGCAUUGCGAGGAUUCAGCACCUCUCUCGCUGCAGAGCUCAAAGAGGACGGUAUCUCAUUCACUCACGUCAAAGUCGGGAGUGUAGACAUCCCAUCCCUGACUGCGAAACAAAAGCGUGAAGGUGCUGCUCCGAGAUUCAAGCCGACGCCGAUACGGAAGCUUCAUGACUGUKUGUUUGAUACUCUGCGGGCUUCAAACCCACCUCGGGUGCUGCAUGUUGGUCGAGGUAGCGCUACGUAUGAUUUCAUCGGUAGCUGGGCUCCUCCUGCUUUCAUUUCCUGGAUGAUGGGGAGCGCUGCACGACCUACGGAACCUUUCCGUGAGGACGGCGGUAUGCAAUCUAGUUCUGGAUCGUUGAUCACAACUUGGGAUAAGAUUGAGUUGUCUGAUCAGGAGAAUUGA